AUGACCCUUUCAACGACAGAUCUCAUCGAAACCUCCGGCCUUGGACUGGACUCCGCCAAGCGGAUCACGCAGGAGGCGUUGGCGGGGGCGGAUGAUGGCGAAUUGUUUGUCGAAUAUCGUCAGACGGAAGGUCUGGUGUUCGACAACGGACGCUUGAAAGGGGCCAAUUAUGACACGGCUCAGGGCUUUGGCUUGCGGGCUGUUGCCGGCGAAGCAGCCGGUUAUGCUCAUGCAGGCGAUAUCUCCGAGGCCGCGCUGAAGCGUGCGGCGGAUGCCGUCAGCGCGGUGACGAAGGGGUAUUCGGGCAGCUACGCAGCAGCACCCGCGCGCACAAAUCAGUCUCUUUACACCGAUGCCAAUCCGCUGGGAGGACCGAGUUUCGAGGAAAAGGUGAAGCUGCUGCAGGAGAUCGAUGCCUAUGCAAGGGCAAAAGACCCGCGGGUCCGCCAGGUGACGGCGUCACUUGCCGGCUCCUGGCAGGUCGUGGAAAUCCUGCGUGCUGAUGGACAUCUCGUUCGCGAUGUCCGUCCGAUGGUGCGCCUUUCGAUCUCCGUGGUUGCCGGCAAUGACGAACGCCAGGAAAGCGGAAUGUUUGGCUGCGGUGGCCGUGAGGGUUUCGAACGUUUUGUUACGGCAGAGAACUGGCAGGGCGGUGUUGACGAAGCCCUUCGUCAGGCACUCGUCAACCUUGAAGCCGUGCCCGCCCCGGCAGGGUCUUUCGAUGUUGUGCUCGGUCCAGGCUGGCCGGGAAUACUGCUCCAUGAAGCAGUCGGUCACGGCCUUGAGGGCGAUUUCAACAGAAAGAAGACCUCGGCUUUCGCCGGACUGAUGGGUGAGCGGGUCGCGUCGCCGGGCGUCACGAUUGUCGACGAUGGCACGAUACCCGAUCGGCGAGGGUCCCUGAGUGUUGACGACGAGGGCACUCCGGCCGGUCGCACCGUCCUGAUCGAGGACGGUAUUCUUACAGGAUAUAUGCAGGACCGUCAGAACGCCCGCCUGAUGGGCAUGGAGCCGACCGGUAACGGCCGUCGGCAAUCCUUUGCACACAUUCCGAUGCCGCGUAUGACCAACACCGUGAUGAUGUCCGGAGACAAGGAUCCGGAAGAGAUUCUUCAGUCGGUGAAGGAUGGUAUCUAUGCUGUUUCCUUCGGUGGCGGCCAGGUUGACAUCACCUCCGGAAAGUUCGUGUUUUCCUGUACGGAAGCUUACCGGGUUGAAAACGGCAAGGUCGGUGCUCCCGUUAAGGGGGCGAUGCUGAUCGGCAAUGGCCCUGACGCCCUGACCCGCGUUGCCAUGAUCGGCAAUGACAUGAAGCUCGACCCCGGCAUGGGAACUUGCGGCAAACAGGGGCAGGGUGUCCCGGUCGGUGUCGGGCAACCCUCCAUGCGCAUCAACGAGUUGACUGUCGGAGGGACGGCUGUCUGA